AUGGACGGGCUGAAGACUGAUCACGAUGAUUCAUACGCUUCUCCCUCUCCUGGCUAUUUCCUCGACAACUUACUAUCCGAUACUACCAGUCAAGGCGCUUCACCUCAGGUUAUGACUGCCAAUGCCGGUGAUCUGUAUGAUCCAUUCAGAGGCGCCUCGACUCAAGAGUCUUCAAGCGACUCCCAAACAAAUAGCACCAACACUUCUGAUGAUUCGUCUGGAGAUGUUCUUAUGAGCAACCAAGUUAAUGCCCCCGCGUUGAUAUCAAUUCCUGCCGACUACGCAGAACAGCAGCAACCACCCAACACGGAGCGUUCCAGACCAUUCUUGCAAGAUGAUCCCAACUUUGGUAAUGAUUUCUUUGACUUCGAAAGCGCUGCCAGCAGCCCGACCAACUUCAAUCAGCACUUGAAUCAUAACCUACCGAAAGUACCCAUCAGAGCUGCACAGAACAAUGCUAACGUUGAAUAUCCUAGAAAACCCAUUCAAAACAAUCAUUAUCUGGCCAUAUACACCUCAGCCAGUCGUCUUACACGCAACCUCGAUUUGUGA